AAUUUUGCCUGGAUCUGCUGUACUCUCUGUAUCCCAAUAGGAUUGUUAAUUCUGAAACGUCCCCUCUGUUUGAACAUGACUACGCAUCAGAGACACCAAAGAGACCUAAAAGGAGGCGGUUGCUGGACAUCCCUGACAACAGAGACCAAGAAGUUAGCAGUGAACCAGACAUAGCAGGCAUGGGGGAAGAGGAGUUCCAGAAGAUAGUGUUUGAAGUUGGACAGAGACUAGCCAGCAGUACAGUUAUACCUAAGCAGCAAGAACACAAAAGUGCAGAAGGCUUAAAGAAAUUGGAUUUAGAGACAUACUUUAAAUCAUUCGAUCCAAGUUUGUGUUGUCUACUAGAGGGAUUUACAAGUGGCAAGAAGAGGGGAGAUCCCGACUUAUACCAGAAAGCCAAAGUUGCUGAAUACUUUGUGCACCUUCUUCAUCCAAACACAAUUCUCUCCCUGUGCUUUAUGGAAAACUUGCUUAUGUACAACGCCACGAAUAGCAAGCAGGCUGUUAACCUUUUGGGGGAUAGUGGGCCAUAUGGUCAUUACCAUGCUGUGAAGGACUGGCUGUCGAACCAAUCCAUGGAACCUCUUCCCUAUCCAGAAAAUGACUGUGUUGCCAUAUUUGACAACAAUCAAGUAAUAGGACGUUCUUGGAAGAUUAAAGUUAACAACAAAGUUCAAUCAUCUGUUGUUACAACUAUCUGCCAAAUCGAAUACCCGUCCUAUAGCUUGCAACGCCAGGUAAACCUGAAGCCAAAGUUUUGGAACCUUGAUGCCGAAAAGUUGAAACGAUGGGUGAGAGACAUGCCCCAGGAAGUAUCAGAUGUGCACUACAAACAGCUUUACAGCACCCUGGCCAAGAACCUGCAGAUUGUAGUAUCACAGCAGAAGCAGACGGAGAACACCGGGAUGUUUGAAGACAAUGUAGACGUUGAAGUAGAGAGACAAAGAAUCGAAGAAACAACGAAAGUGUGCUGUAACUGUGGACACAUCAAUGCCAGAUCGAAAAGAAUAUGCGGCAAUGAAAGAUGCAAAACCAAUCUAAAGCAGGCUGAAUUAUCCAGUGCAGAUCCAGAUGGUUUUGGGACUUUUACAACCAAGAAGCAUAUGUCAGUCGACCGAAAGAUGUCAGAGGUGCGAAUGACUGCCAUCGACACUGGAUGUGGGCAAUACAUUAUCCAAGGGAACCUAGAACAACACAGUAAACCCAUUGCCAGCCAAAACCCAGACAGAAUUCCAGUCCUGUCACUGAGUGAUCCUUGCUUUGUGAAUCCAAACUCCUACAACUCCGCGAGAGCCAUCCUCAGACAGAUAGGUUUACAAGCAGGGAUCCGACAGUACUCAAGAGAAGGUGACAGAGAGUGGCUGUUUGUGGUUUGCGAUGGAUUACCUUUUGGACUUUGUCAACAAGUGAUCAAACACAUACAGAUGUAAACUCUGUCCAGGCUCCUCCGACUCCUUCAACUCUAA